AAGUGGGCUAUGUUGCACACGUUGGUUGUUUUCCUUGAUAAAGAUAUUGUUGCUGUCUACAAAUAUUUGGCUGCAGUAAAACAAAUGACGCCUGCAAAAUUUGGUGUCAAGAAACAGCUGAUCGUGUGUUGAACGCUGCGACGCACAGAGCGAAUUUAUUUUUAGCGUAAUGGUGUCGUGAUGUGUUGGGAGAGAGCGUGCCAGCUAAAAUCUGAGAGUAAAAACUGUUUGUUCCAAACAAAGAUAAUUCGCAAAGGAAAUUGUUUACGGUAUUCUACAUGUUUGUUGCUCAGAACUUGACACUGCAGUUUUAGACAACUGAAAGUGUUUAAAGAAAACGAAAGUAGCAUAAUAAUGAAAGGUAGGAAAAGCGUGUUUCGAGAUGUUUUUCAUCAGCCAUACGACGAUAAAACAAGAAUAAAGUUAUACAACAGCAGCAAAGGAAGCCUCGAUUUAAUACAGAGACUUCGCUUACUGAAGAGCCUGCCUGUGCAUAAUGGCUGUGUGAAUUCAAUUUGUUGGAAUGAGACAGGGGAAUACAUCCUUUCAGGCUCAGAUGAUCAACAUCUUGUUGUAACACAUGGUUACAAUUAUAAGGUUCUUACUGAUCUGAAAACUAGUCACCGUGCCAACAUAUUCAGUGCUAAGUUCCUACCAAGCAGUGGUGACACAAGUAUCAUCUCAUGUUCUGGUGAUGGCAUAAUACUCUACACUGAUCUCACUAGGAAACAAGAGACAUUUUACAACCAAUUUAAUUGCCAUUCUGGUACAACAUAUGAAGUGGUCACUGUUCCUAAUGAUCCUCAUUCAUUUCUGAGUUGUGGAGAAGAUGGCACUGUUCGGUGGUUCGAUCUACGCUUGAAGGAUCGAUGCAAUAAACCUCAAUGCAAGGAGGAUGUUCUUAUAUCAUGCCAGCGUGCAGUUACAGCACUGUCUGUAAACCCAGUAGCACCAUACCAGCUGGCAAUUGGUUGCUCAGAUAGCACAGUGCGAAUGUUUGAUCGCCGCACACUUGGGACUAAAGCAUCAGGUUGGACGGACACAGGAUCAUCAUUGAGGCCCCUUUGUUCAUUCACGGUACCUGGACUUGAGAAUCGAUCAUUUCGUAUUACGUCACUCUGCUUUAGUCCAGCUGGCGAAGAUGUCCUUGUCAGUUACUCAUCUGACCAUCUCUAUCUUUUUUGUGUCAAGGAGCAGGGAGGGUCCACACUAAAAUCCACCCCACCAUGUUCAGAGAAGGGGAAAAAACCUAUUCAGCGCUCUCCACCACCAGUACGGCGACUUCGUCUAAGAGGCGACUGGUCUGAUACUGGACCAGAUGCUCGACCGGAAAGAGAAGGUGGUCGCCGUGGAGCAGAAGUAGCACAGGCACGCCCAACACUCCAUGCAACUUUAAUGCAGCGGAUGACAGAUGUCCUGUCACGCAUGCUCAAUGACCCUGCAACGCGGGCUGCUCUGAGUGGUGGUGGCGAAGACUCGUUGGAGGGUGGAGCUGGAGAGCCUGCUGAACGGCGCUUCUCGGCACUCUCUCUUGAUCCAGCUCAGCCUGAUUCCAGCUCUGCUGCUGGUGCCACAUCACCCACUCAGUCAGGACAAGAAGCCAGCAGCUCUGCUGCGACACCAGCAGAAACUGAAGAGCAACAGCCCAGUGACAGCACUUCAUCUGAAGAAGCUCCAGAUGCAGCUCUUCUACAGAAUAAGAUCAGCAACUUACAGGAUCAGCUAACAUGUAUGAGAGAUGGCUUCAUAGAGAGACAUGGCGUUGAACCUGCUGUUCGCCUUGUGUACUCUGACAAAAGUUCGUCAAGUGGUACAAUCUCAUUAGGUGUGGGCGAUGAACUUGCACGUGAAAGAUCGCCUACCGCAACAGUUGAGAGCAACGGAACAGAAGAGCAGAUGGACAGUACUGUUUCAGAGGCAGAUAAAGAUAACAGAGUUUCUGAAGGACCUACAGAACCUGAUGGAGCAGUUCCUGGUCCUAGCAGGGUGCAAGACGACAUCCCAGCAGAUGGUCAGCCACAAGCUUUUGCUGAUGGUGAAGAUGAGUACAAUGACAGUGAUGAUGAUGAUCUCUUGCUUAAUGCUAGUAGAAGGUUUGUUCAUCCUAUUGAGGAUCACAUGGAUGAGGCAGUUAAUGCAAUCAGGAAUGCAAAAGAAGAUGCAUUUGAUGAGUGCAGUAUACCACAGCCUUCUAUAAAAAAGAAAUUUACUGGACACAGAAAUGCCAGAACAAUGAUAAAAGAGGCAACUUUUUGGGGUGAAGAUUAUGUGCUUUCAGGAUCAGAUUGUGGCCAUGUUUUUAUUUGGAACCGUUUCACUGGCUCAUUGGUCAUGCUUUUGGAAGCUGAUCAUCAUGUUGUCAAUUGUCUCCAGCCACAUCCUGUUCUACCAGUGCUAGCAACCUCUGGUAUUGACUAUGAUGUGAAGCUUUGGGCUCCACUUCGUGAGGAAGCCAGUUUUGAUGCCGAACUGGCGGAAACACUAACAAAGCGGAACGAAAUCAUGCUGGAAGAGACAAAGGAUACAAUCACCGUGCCAGCUUCCUUCAUGAUCCGUAUGCUUGCCUGCCUUAAUCAGAUCCGUCGAGGUGGCCGAAAUCGUGCCCGUUCACGAAGAAAUAAUGGAGAUGAUAACACCAAUUGAUAUCUCAGUGGCUUAUCUGCAGCAGUGUUUAUAGAUUUUUUAUGUGUAAUUUGAUUCAGUUUGAACUUCCUGGCAGCUCAACUCUACAAAAUAAAACCACUUCCAUAGUUUAUUUUUCAUUUUAUCUUAAAUUUACUUAUUGCAGAACAGCAACCAGUAGUCCAAACAUUGUUUCUUUUGCCAUCGUUGUAUGUCUUACAUUUCAGUUUGGAUUUUAUCUCACAGUGAUUUCUGUUUGCAUGUAAUGAUAUUUUUUUGUUUCUGUGUAGUAGUAAAAUGUUUUUGCUACUGUUUUGUUCUUGUUUCAUUAUUCCUAAUUUGUCAGUAAGAGUUUCCAUAUUGUAUACAAUGGCAUAGCAACUAGUAAGUGAAAAAUAGGAAACGUCAUAUCGAAGGGCCAAAUCUCACAAGCUAUACAUAAAUAUUCAGUAAUUCAUUAAGCCAUUACCUUGCAUAUUUUGUGAAUAUUUUCAGAAGCUACUUUCAGUUACGCUUUUAUUCUUGUUGUAGUUGUUUUUUGUGUGGUAAAGAUCUAAACAACAUUCCUUUUUUAAAGUUUGACAGACACAAUAUGCAUUCUGGUACUACUUUUUGUCCUUUACUUUGAUGAGUUAUUUGUAGUUAAGAAGUUUUGCUCAAUACUAGUCAUAGAGCUGCACAGGAAGGUAGAAUAAUUGUCAGAUUCAUGAAAUAUUUUUGGUGAAUGAACAAUACCAAACUGUACAUAAAGUUUAAUUUUUUGUAAGGUAAUUUAAAUACAAUACCUUUUCCACCAAAUUUCAGAAUUAAAUUACUGAAUGUGGUGGUUAUUAAUAGAAAAUUUAUGUUUUGUUGUUGGAAUGUUGAAAUACAACUAAAAUUACACCAUUGGGAUGCCUGAUAUUGUAAUUCCUAAUACACUGUUGUAGGUAUGAAGUUUUGUGUACAUUGUGUACCACAUUUCCUCAUCCCGAAUUAAAAUAAGGUAUUAAAAUGAAACUCUUUAACAUAAUUGAUAUAAGGAUUUUGAAAAUUGUUGUUUCAGAGGCACUUAUUGUGAGGAAUACAACUGUGGUGGGUUAAAAGAUAGGCACUGGAUAGGGUGUGUCGAAUAUUAUGAGGAGCAGUCUAAUUAAAAUGAGACAGUUGGCAAAAAAAAAAAAAAAAAAGAAAAAAAAGAGUAUCUGUUAUUUCAAAAGUAAUUGCCAUAACUGGUAAUGUUUAUAUCCCAAUGCCACCAUGUAAAAAUAUUUGCAGUUACCUGUGGAACCGUGAAUAUACCCAAGUGUGCACCUCUUUGUCCGAAGCAAGUUGAUGGCCAUGAAUGCCUUUCUUCAGAGCAUCAAAAUAUGGAAAUCACAUAGGGACUGUAUGGAUGAUGUGUAAGGUCUUCCAGCAAAACUUUUACAGUGUAGCGAAAACAACUUGGCACCAUGUGGGUGGUACCUAGACUAGAUUUUGCUCAUAACAACAGUAGAUCAGACAAUGAUGUGGAUGAUCCAAUUUCAUAAAUGGACAGGAGAUAAUGCACAUUCUACAUAGAGGGCCAUCUAAUCAUCAAGUAUCAGGUAACUUCAUUCAUUUAAUUUUUAAUCAUCUAAACUGUGGUGUCAAUGGCACAGGGUUAUAGAAUAUUUCAUAAUGCAUCAAGAAUUUAGUAUAUUUUUAAUUCAUGGAAUUACAGCAUGGCUGAUACAUGUGUAACAUUGAUUGUAGUGUUUAAUAAGCUACAGACACCAUUGGUGUCUUACCAAAUGCCUAGCAACUGAGGAAACUAGGUCAGCAUUGCGUGAGUGUUGGUGGGCAAAAAAAGAGUUCUCAAAUUAGUGGCUGGCCAGUGCCACCAGUCCUUUAAUACCAUAACCUUUGCACAUGUUCUGAUUAUUCCCAGCCCGUUAAUGCCAUAACUUUUUGCAUGUUCAUGUGACAGUAACUGAAUAUGAUUGUGGAACAUUCUACCUCACAGGGAUCUGGGCUUGAUUGCUCAGAUCAAUAGGAUUGUGCAAAUUUUUAUAACAACCCAUCAGCCUCAAGGUGUGCUACGUACAGUUGAACUUAAUGGCUUUUGAAGCAGCCCCAGUUGCAUUAGAGACUGUCAUGUAGGAACAGGAAGUUGUCUCACUCAAGAAAAAUAUCCAAAUUUUCGAGAAUCUCAGAAAUAUCUUGAGAAAUGUCCAACUGUGCUACCCAAUUUGGUUUUCAAAUGAAUGUACUGUUAGUGUAAUAACUAUUCUGUAGGAGUGUGGCUGUUGGUUAUGUUGCAUACUAACCAACCACAGCUGUUAUGGUUUCAAAUGUGGUUGCUACAUAUGCAAACUGAAUAAUCACAUGUAUCUGUUGUGGGUUUUGACACCCAAAUUUAAACUGGCACUUUUGGUUGAUCUGCAGGGACAUAUGCUCUUAAGUUAAUAUGUAAGAAAUAGUUUAUUUACAAAAAGGAAUGAUAUAGGACUAAACCCAGUUUGUAUGGUAUUAGGAAACGAAAUCAUUUCAUUGUUUGCCAUUGAAUAAAGCUUUGUUCUUUUAUUGAA